AUGAGGGGAGGGGUGGAGGGGGAGGAGGAGGAGGAGGACAGGGGGCCGGGCCUGGAGGAGGUGUUGGGUUUCAUUCGGCGAGGCGCACGGUGUCCUGCAGCUCUGUCGGAGCUUUACACACCGCACAUCGAUGCCUGGAUGCUGAGAGCGGAGAGGAGCCGACGGAGGAGACCCGUAUUUGCAUCAGACGCAGACGAAGGGGAUAACGGCCUGGUUCUGUACGAGAUCAACCGGCGUCAGAGUGACCCUGACCGCUAUUUUGUCAUGGAUAUGAAGUCAGGGGUCAUCACUCUGAACAGACCUCUGGACUAUGAGCUAAAGAGGGUUCAUGAACUGGUGGUCCAGGCUAGGGACAACGCCAGCCACCCAGAGGUGACCAAUGCCUUUGUGACUAUCCACGUCCGUGACUACAAUGACAACCAGCCCACCAUGACCAUCAUCUUCCUCAGCGAGGACGGCUCUCCAAGAAUCUCGGAGGGGGCCCAGCCGGGUCAGUACGUAGCCCGAAUCUCUGUCACCGACCCCGACUAUGGCGAAUACGCCAACGUGAACGUCUCUUUAGAAGGCGGCGACGGCAAGUUCGCCCUAACGACCAAGGACAGCAUCAUCUACCUGAUUUAUGUGGACCUCUUGGACAGGGAAGAACGGGACACGUACGACCUGAGAGUGAUGGCCACGGACUCGGGCACCCCUCCCCUCAGGGCGGAGUCGUCCUUCACCAUUCAGGUGAUGGAUGUCAAUGACAAUCCCCCUCUGUUCGACCAGCAGGCCUACAAACAGACCAUUCCCGAGGUGGUCUACCCAGGCUCGUUUGUCCUCCAGGUGACCGCCAGGGACAAGGACCAGGGCCCUAACGGGGACAUCCGAUACAGCCUCCUCAAAGCCAAAAACACCCACUCUGACUGGUUCUCCAUCGAUCCCGUAACAGGGAUCAUUACCACCGCGACUGCUCUGGAUUUCGAGUCGGAGCCAGCGCCGAGCGUGACGGUCAUUGCCACGGACAAUGGCCGGCCACCGCUGUCCUCGACGGCCAAGGUGGACAUUGUGCUACAGGAUGUUAACGAUAACACGCCCGUGUUCUCCAGCACUCUGUACAGUGCCUCCAUCAAGGAGAACUCCAGCGGGACCUGCUUCUUAGAGGUGUCAGCCACAGACGAGGACCGCGGUUCGUUCGGUGCCAUAUCCUACACCCUGGGGUCAGCCUCCGGCGUCUCAGUUCCGACCCAGUUCACCAUAGCCAAGGAGACCGGCCGGCUGUGCACGAGCGCAGCUCUGGACCGUGACGAAGGAGUGGACAGCUUUGACCUCACCGUCACCGCCACGGACGGGGGUGGUCUGAGCUCGGUGGCCCACGUGAGGGUCUCCGUGGUGGACAUCAACGACAACCGCCCCUCCUUCUACCCCGUCCUCUACACGGUCAGUCUCAGCACGCACAGCGCGCCCGGCACCACUGUUGUCAAGGUGACGGCCAACGACCCCGAUGCCGGGGCAAACGGAAAGGUCACCUACCGCACGGUGCCCGGAGGAGGCUCCGCCUUCUUCACCCUCAACAAGGACACAGGUGUGAUCUCCCUCUCCCGCUCGCUGCACGGCAAGGCCAACACGAUGAUCUCGAUGGCGAUAUCGGCCGAGGACGGCGGCGGCCUGACGGCGCCGGUCAACGCCAGGGUGAACGUGAGCGUCGUCGGGGGUUCGGUGGCAACCCCGGUGUUCGAGCAGGCGCAGUACUACUUCACCGUGUCCGAGGACGUCCUCAGGGGCACAGCGGUCGGGGUGGUGCGAGCCGCUAUGAAGACAGGAGUGUCUACGAACGUCUUCUACUCCAUCUCCUCCGGGGACCCAGAGGGUUUCUUCACAGUGGACAGUUCCUCCGGAACCAUCCGUACGGCCCUCCCUCUGGACCACGAGACGUGCCCCACUAUGGACCUGGAGAUCCAGGCGCGCUACGGCUCCCCUCCGGCCUACGGAACCAGCCGUGUGCGCAUCACCAUUUCGGAUAUCAACGACAACACCCCCGUGUUCCUCCCCUCCUCCUCGGAGUCCCUCCUUCUACCCGAGGUCACCAAGAUGGGCUCCGUUAUCUACCGCAUCCAGGCCACCGACCGGGACUCCGGCCACAACGGCCAGCUCAGCUUCGAUCUCAUCUCCGCCGGGGCGGCGGGCAGCAGCGGUCAGAGGACGUUCGGCGUCGACCGGGGCAGCGGGGAGGUGCGGCUGAUCGGGAGCCUGUCGUAUGAGAGUGUCCCGCGCUAUGACCUUCAGGUGGUGGCGAAGGAUGGCGGGGUACCCCAGCUGAGCUCCACCUUCACCUUGGUGGUGCACGUCCAAGCGCAGGACGCCGAGGGUCCCCACUUCGACACGCUGACCUACCGCGUCGAGCUGCGGGAGAACACCCCCCUCAACACCCGCUUCCUCCAGGUCAGAGCUCUCAACAGAGAGGCCACGGGGAACGGUGGGGGCUCCUCCUCUUCCUCCUCUUCCUCCACCCCCAUAUCCUACCGGCUCCGGCCCGACGGGGACGCCGCCGGAUUUGGUGUAGUGCCCGACAGCGGCUGGCUGUUUGUGCGGAGUUCGCUGGACCGCGAGGCCAAGGACAUGUUCCUCUUGACCGUCCUCGCCACCUCGGGCCGCGGCGGGGCCGGUGGCACCGGCAGUGCCGCGGUGCGGGUUACCGUGACGGACGAGAACGACAACUCCCCCAGACUGAGCCAGGACAGGGUGUUCCUGGCCGUCAGGGAGAACCUGCUGGCGGGGACGGGCUUCGGCAGGGUGUCCGCCACCGACCGGGACGCCGGGCUCAACGCUCGUCUCGCCUACCGGCUGCUGCACACCGACAGACACUUCCAGAUCAACUCACAGACUGGGGAGAUCAGCACUCGCCUGGCCCUCGACCGAGAGCAGCAGUCCAGCUACGAGCUGGUCGUGGUGGUGCAGGACGGAGGCACGCCUCCCCGCAGCGCCACAGGCACCGCCCACAUCAGCGUCCAGGACGAGAACGACAACGCCCCGAGCUUCAGUCACGCCCCGCCGGACCGGGAGCUGCUCCUGCAGGUGAUGGAGGGGACUCCGCCCGGCUCGGUUCUCACAACGGUGACGGCGAAAGACCCCGACGAGGGAGAGAACGCCACCGUCUUCUACUCCUUGUCAGGUUCCAGAGCGGAGCGUUUCUCUCUGAACCCGAACACCGGGGAACUGAGGACCUCCUCCCCUCUGAGGCAGGCCGAGAGAGCCGAGUACACCUUCAUGGUGAUCGCUACAGACCACGGGACACCAAGCCUCAGCUCCACCUGCCAGCUACGCAUACAGGUCCUCAGCUCCUCCAAGGCCAACCCCAAGCCCAACGUUCUCUCCAUGACCCUAAACACAGUGGAGGGAGAAGCUCCAGGCUCCAUCAUUGGCUCCGUCAGCUCACAUGACCAGCGUGACCCCGCUCAGUUGGAUGGCCUGGUGACUUACCUUGUGGUGGGCGGGACCGACCUGGAAGGGACGUUUAUGGUGGACCGUUCGAAGGGAGACGUUUAUCUGGUACGGGAGUUGGACUACGAGAAGGGCUCGAGGUACACGCUCCAUAUCGAGGUCUCGGACUUCUCCCGGGCAUUUCCCAGCAGCCACCGGGUGCAGCUGGACAUACACGUGAUGGACAGCAAUGACCACGCCCCCCAGUUUACAGAAGACCCCGUUACCAUAGUGAUCCCGGAGAACACCGAACCUGGUGCUUCCAUCUACACUUUCCAGGCUUUGGAUCAGGACGGUAGCGGACCGAACAGCGAGCUAAGCUACUCCGUCGAGCACUGCUGGCCCGACACCCCUGAGCUCCUCACCCUUGACCCCUCCACGGGGAUGCUGACCCUGGGGCAGAAGUUAGACCGCGAGGUUACGCCCUCGCUCUACCUUGUGGUGCGGGCCACAGACCAGGCGGUGGACCCGUCCCAGCAGCGCUGGGGUUCAGUCACGGCGCGGCUGUUUGUGACCGACGAGAACGACAACGCCCCGGUCUUCAGCUCCCCGUCUGCGGUUAGCGUCAUGGAGGACCAGCCUGAAGGUUUUGUGAUUUUGUACGUGAUGGCCCGCGAUGAAGAUGAAGGUGAGAACGGCAGGGUGUCGUACAGGAUCCAGGCGGGGAACAGCGUCGGUCGCUUCAGUCUCAACCCCAACACUGGCUCUCUGUCCAUCCUGAAAGCUCUGGACCGGGAGGAGCAGGAGACGUUCAACCUGACCAUUGUAGCAGAGGAUCAUGGGAUACCCCAGCUGUCCACCUCUCAGGUGCUGUGCGUGCAGGUGAUCGAUGUGAACGACGAAGCGCCCUUGUUUCAGCGGGCGGAGUUUGAAACGCGGGUGAUGGAGAACCGGGGACCAGGAACCACGGUGGUGACGGUCACAGCCACCGACCGUGACCAAGGCUCUAAUGGUCAGGUGACGUAUGGAGGCGUGACCGAGGAGGGCUUCAUCAUCAACCCCGUGACAGGAGUCAUCACCACCACCAAAGAGCUAGACAAAGAGCUGCAAGACCACUACACGCUCACCGUCUUAGCCAAGGAUGGAGGGCUGCCCCCAAACUUUGCCAAGGCUGUGGUGCGUGUGGAGGUGCAGGAUGAGAAUGACAAUGCCCCCGUGUUUGCGAAACCCUGGUACGGACUGGAAGUGCCCGAGAAUCAAAUCCCUGUGGAGCUCUGUCUUCUCAAGGCCACAGACCCUGACUCAGGCCCCAACGGAGAGCUGGAGUACAAAAUCACCGCGGGGGAUCCAGAUGGAGACUUCCAGCUCCAGGCUAGUACAGGGGCCCUGUCCACCUUGCGGGCCCUGGAUCGGGAGAAGAAGGCCAGGUACAUCCUGGAGGUGGUGGCUGUGGACCAGGGCAGCCCCGCUCUCAGCACCACAGUCACAGUGGAGGUCAAAGUGCUGGAUGUCAAUGACAACAGCCCCAUCUUCACUAGCAGCAGCUACAGCAUAGACGUGUCGGAGGACUCGGCCCAGGGCUCUCAGGUUCUGGAGGUGACAGCCAGAGAUGCCGAUGAGGACCUGAAUGGGAAGGUCCUCUACUUCCUGAGCCAAGAGGCACACGGCGCAUUCACGGUGGAUGAGAGCAGCGGUCGUAUCAGCGUGUCCGCACCGCUGGACCGGGAAAAACGGGCGACGUACAGCUUCCAGGUGUUCGCCGUUGACCUUUCACCCGCCGCGCCAAGAAACACUUCUGCUCAGGUGACUGUCACCAUCUUAGACGUCAACGACAACGCCCCCUUUUUCAUCCAAGACCCACUUGUCAUCGAAGCCUCCAGCAGCAGAUCCCAGCGCGUCCUUGCUACCAUGAGGGCGGAAGAUAAGGACUUUGGGGCCAACGGCUCGGUCUUUUACCGUUUCGCUACCCCGGUUAAGGGCUUCAGCAUCAACUCCCUGACAGGGGAGAUCCAGGCCACAGAGCCUCUGGGGGGGCUGACUCAGGCCCAGAGGACCCUGAUCGUGGAGGCCAUGGACCAGGGAAACCCAGCUCAGUCCUCUCAGGGAGUGGUGGUGAUUUACGUGAAGGACCAGGAAUAUAAGGGCAUUCGCUUCCCUCGGAACGCCAGAGACAUCAGCAUCCAGGAGAAUGCCAUCAAAGGUACAGCAGUGGCCCAGGCCCAAGCCCAGUACCCUGACGGCUCACGUAAAGGCAUCAGCUAUAGCCUCUUCAGUGGUAACCGGAAGCAGGCCUUCAGCAUCAGCUCCUCAACAGGUGAGAUCUGGGUGCAGAGCUCCAAGGGGCUGGACUUUGAGGACGCCCCCAGGCUCCGUCUGGUGGUGAAGGCUGAAACGUUGUCCUCCAUCUCCUUCAUGGCGGUCAACCUGAUCCUGCAAGACGUCAACGACAACCUCCCUCGCUUCCAGCUGCAGAACUACGUGGCUUACAUGAGGGAGGCACAAGGCUACGAGACGCCCAUCAUACAGGUGGUUGCAGAGGAUGUGGACCAGGGCCAGAACGGGCAGGUGACCUACUCCAUCCAGUCGUCGAGCAUGAGCGGCCUGUUUAAGAUUGACCCGGUGACGGGGAGCAUCACCACGGCGGCCAUCAUGGACCGUGAGAUCUGGACCCAGACCAAGCUUAUCGUCACAGCGACCGACAGAGGAAGUCCCCGUCUGGCGGGUUCGGCCACUCUCACCGUCAUCAUCGUGGACCAGAACGACAACAGUCCGACUAUUCCCAUGCCCCAGGAGGUCCGCAUCCCGGAAAACACCUUGGUCGGGACAGAGAUCACGCUGGUGACCGGCAACGACGUGGACUCCAGCCCUGCCCUGUCCUACUCCCUGCAGCUGGACCCGUCUGCCGUCGGCAGGUUCGGGAUCCAUCGCUACAGCGGCGGGGUGUCCCUCACCAGGCCGCUGGACUUCGAGGAGAAGACCUGGUACACUCUGACCGUCCAAGCCACGGACUCCCAGCACCAAACCCAGGCUAAUAUCACCAUACUGGUGGAGGACGUCAACGACAACGCGCCAACCUUCACCCAGGAUAUCUAUCAGGUUACACUGCCCGAGCACACUCCACCAAGAAGUCCUGUUGUCACUGUAACAGCAACUGACAGGGACUCAGGAGAGAAUGGAAAGGUCACCUAUAGAGUGAUGUCAUCAACCCAGGAGGGCUUCUACGUUGACCCCAGAAAUGGAACCCUGUUCAUCAAUCAAAGAGCAGAGUUUGAUCCAGAGCGUCCAGCCAUCAAUAUCGUUAUUGAGGCCCGUGAUGGAGGCUUCCCUACGCUUUCUUCCCUCACCACUGUCCAAGUCCAAAUCUCUGAUGUCAAUGACAAUGCACCAGUGUUCCACCAGUCAGACUACAGGGCCACGGUCUCAGAAGACACCAUGCCAGGGGCAACAAUUCUGACUCUCGAGGCCUUUGACAGUGACCUCUCCCGUGAGAACUGUGGCUUCGACUUUGCUAUUGCCAAUGGCAAUGAAGGGAACGUGUUCCAGGUUGAAAGCAGUGUACGCUUUCUGGAAGGGCGGGGCUUUCAAACCGUUGGAACUUUACUAUUGGCUGAGGUCCUUGACUUUGAAGCCGUGUCACUCUACAACCUCACAGUGGUUGUGUCAGACCGUGGUGUGCCCCAGAGGAGUUCUAGUGUUGCCGCUGUGAUCACUAUUGGGGAUGUGAAUGACAACCCACCUGUGUUUAGCAGAGCAGAAUACAUAGUGUCCUUGAGUGAGGGGGCUGCCACUGGAACUGAGAUCAUACGACUGACUGCUACAGACCCAGACUCAGCUCCCAAUGCAGAGGUCCAGUACACCAUCAGCUCUGGUGAUGAGAUGAACUUGUUUUCUGUUGACCAGUGGACUGGAGCCUUACGCCUUCAGCAGCCACUUGACCGUGAGCACCAGUCCACCCAUGUUGUCAUUGUCCAAGCUACAGAUGGCCAGGGUCACUUUGCCCUCGCUCCAGUCAUGGUUGAGGUGAAAGAUGUAAAUGACAAUCAUCCGUUCUUCCCUGUGGAAAUCCUAAUGGCCAGCGUCAGAGAGAACCAACCAGCUAACUCAGCCGUAACUGUUCUCCACGCUAUAGACCAUGACACGGGGGUCUAUGGCCAACUGAAGUACUACAUCAUAGAGCGAUCUGCUAAGGGAAAAGAGAGCUUCACCGUGGACCAGAACUCAGGAGAGAUCCGAACUAAAACGUCCUUUGAUUUUGAGAAGGUCAAUACCUUUAACUUUGUGGCAGUGGCAGUGGAUGCGGGCAACCACUCUGCCACUGUGACUGUGCAGGUGUUUGUCACAGGAGAGGAUGAGUACGAUCCACUCUUUACAAUGUCUGAUUUCUCCUUCGAAGUCCCAGAGGGAGCGAAGAAGGGUCAGAACAUCGGCCAGGUUCAGGCCAACGAUGAGGACGAAGGUGUGGAUGGUAUCGUGCUCUACUCACUCCCCACCAUCUCACCAUACUUUGAUGUCAACAAAAGCACUGGUGUGGUCUUCCUUAAAAUGGACAACUCAGGCAGCAGUGGUAGCAGCGGGUCAGGUCGGCCAAAACGGGAGACCAGGCUGAUGACCCUGGAUGUGACAGCCCACAGUCCCCUGGAUACUUCUCGUACUAGUACGGCACAGAUCUCAAUCGAUGUCACCAACACCAACUUUGGCUUGGCUCCUGACGUCAACAUUCUGCUAAUCAGUAUCAUUGCUGUGUCUCUCGGGGUAAUAAUAUUGCUAGUGGUCAUGGCUGUGGUCAUAUUCCUGGUCAAGUCACGAAGGAAGAAGAAAGGUCAGGCUGCGGGGAAUAGAGCCGUUGCCACGGGAACUGCCUUGCAGAAACUGGACGAAUCCAAGUCGGGCCCAGCUGGGGAGAGGAUCUACCACCAGGCCUUGCCAGGUUAUGCUGGAGAUCAGGGUGGGGCAGGUGGAGGUCCCUACACAAGAGGUGGCUCCCUGGAUCCCUCUCACUCCAGUGGAAGAGGCUCAGCUGAGGCAGCUGAGGAUGAUGAGAUCCGGAUGAUAAACGAGUACCCCCGUGUUGCCUCCAUCACCUCAUCCAUGCAGGAGCACAUCUCCGCCAGGGGUCCAGAUUCUGGAAUUCAGCAGGAUGCUGACCAGCUUUCUGAUAUCUCCUGUGAGCCUGCAGCCUUGGAGGGCAGCACCUGGUUCAAAGGAAAGAAACUGGGAGGCAGUCUCAGUGGGACCCUGCUCUCUGGCCAGCUCCCGGUGUAUAGGGAUGAGGGAGGGGGCUACCUAGGAGUAGGUCGUGGCCUCAACAUUUCCCUGCCCAAAGAUUAUCCUUUCCCUGAGGAUGGUAAACCCUCAGUGGAUGGCUCCCUCACAGCUAUUGUCGCUAGUGAUGAGGAGCUUCGCGGAAGCUAUAACUGGGAUUACCUUCUCAACUGGUGCCCUCAGUUCCAGCCUCUAGCUAACGUCUUCACAGAGAUCGCCAGGCUGAAAGACGAAACUGCUCAGCAGACCCAGAACCCACGCCAGCCUUUCCAGCCAAAGCCCAAAAUAGAUCCCAAACCUAGAAUUGACCCUCCCCCACUUAUUACAGCAGUGGCACACCCAGGAGCGAUGUCGGUUCCCCCUAAAGUUCCUGUGAUUGGACGGACUUUCCCCCACUUGGCCUCCCUCCGCAGGUCUCCUAUUAGUCAUGAGGGCUCAAUCUCAUCAGCAGCCAUGUCCCCCAGUUUCUCCCCCUCUCUGUCCCCGCUGGCAGCUCGAUCACCAGCUGUUUCUCCCUUUGGCGUCAACCAAGGCCCGUCAGCAUCUAUAAUUAGCACAAGGGAGCCCUCACUAGACCAGAGCCCCGACCAUGAAAUGAGGAUAUGAGAGUAUAGGAAAAUUGCAAGAAAAAAGAACAUGGCCAGACAACCUGAUUGAUGGCUCACAGAAGGGUGGCAAGGGUGUCAGCUUUGUUAAUAUAGUUCUCUCAAAAUAUGAACGAUUUUGCAUCAACAAAAAAAAAAUACUUCAACAAAUCCCCUAACAGAAACCUUUGUUUUCAUAUUCCAAGUACGGCUGACCACAUUUUGACCAUUGACUGGUCUCUGUCAGUGAAAGAUGCCACUUUCCAGGAAUUCCAGAUGUGAAGUUUUGAACCUCAAACACUAAAAACUUACUUCCCCUAUUUCCUGACAGAAAAUUUCCAUUUGGAUUUCUAGGUCUCAUUGUAAUUGUACAGAGGUGGAACAUACUGUAUGUCUGGCUUCCCAGGACUUGGCACCCCGAGUCCUUUCAUGUCCACAGUGACGCAGGUCUCUAAAGAACUGAACAGGGUUAAGGAGUGAAUCAACCUUUCCAAUGGACCAUGCACACACCAUGCCCUGCAGUCAGAGAUGCCUCAGUCUGUAGAUAAAUGUGUAGUUUCCGCGUUACCUCGCUGGCUGGCCAGAGAGCUAAGGACCUUGUCCCUCUCUUUGUGUCUGUGGACAUUUUACAUUGCAAACGAACUCAUCAAGUGGCUGCUUUUAAAAUGGCUGCUGAUCACAUUUGUGAAUCCUACGGACAAAAAAAAAAGACGUGUUCAAAAAGACAAUGAUGCAUUGCUUUGCCAGUGCCUCGCACAAUGUAACAGGAAUCGAGAUUAUUGUUUCUUUAAGCAUUUCAGAUGACACUUCUUUUGAUUUCACAUUUAUUUUUAUAUAUUUUUGUAUUGAAUUAUGAUUUCUGAUCCCAAAAUGCCAUUAUCUCACAAGGAGAGGUUUCGUUGUAUUUGCAUAUAUGUAUAUUUGUAUGUAUGCUAGCUACGGUAUGUAUGUGUUUUCUGCCAUAGGUUUUUAGAGCCCUUUUGUGUUCACAUGUGACAGUUCAGACGUAAGUGAGAAGGGGACUUUUGUAUUUUUAUCAUUAUUUAUAUGAAAGGAGCAACUGACGUCACGUUUUGACAGUAGGAAACCGAGCUCGACUCUCACUAUGCUGUAUUAUUUACCUUCAAAACUUUUUUUGUCAAACUGGAGAUCAUCCAAAUCCGAGAAAAAUACAUCGAAGAAAAACACCUUUUUUUUAAAAAUUGUAAUAAAUCUGCACUCGGUGUCGGUGUACGGUUGCGUGCCACAGCAUACGAACCGCUGGUUUUCAGAGAGGCUUUGGAUUUUCCGAUCCCCCUCCACGUGUUUCUGCCUGCAGCGCGCUUCCGGGGGUCGGUCACGUGGGUCACUGACGGAAGCGCGCUUCACCGUGAAGGAGUUCGUCUUGACGCCACGGCGGUAAGGCGCAAGUACGGAACGGCGGUUGCUUUUAUGGAAGAGUAGUGCAAGACUGCAGAGGUCGCCCCAUAAGCCAGAGAGACGCGGGAAGCAAAAUAAAGUCGACGAUGAUUGGAACGCACGAGCUUUCGUGAACGUGCAGUGACUUAGCGUCUGUUCCCGUGCCGUCUCUGUAACUCACGUCUCGAGGUCUGUCUCGUGGAGAAGCUGUUUUCGGGCCCCGCAUGUUUAUGUCAUCCGUUUCCUCUGCGUGCUGCUCUUGUUCGGGCUCGGCUCUGAACAUCUGUCUUUGGGACUACAAGCAAAAGUCUUUAACGGUGUCUUCUUCAUUCUUUCGUGUAUUUUUUUGUAAAAUUCUGCUCGACGUUAUCUUGAGUCUGCAGGGGUGAUUUGCAGUGAUUGGACGGCUUCUACCUCUGCUGGCUGGACAGGAUACGGCAGACAGCCUCGUCUAAAGCCAGCGCUGGUUCGGCCCGAGACCUGUACGCGCUACCAGCCUCCAUCCCUUACACACAUCCCCUCAGCGUUCAGAUCAUCCGCCAUUAACAGCAUGCCGCCGUCUCCGGAAGCAGUUCGGUGGCGGUCUCCGGA